UUCAUCCAGGGAGAUUGAAUGGAAGCGGCGGCGGCUGAAGGGGCGGCCAGUCUGUCCGAGGCCGGGGAUGGGAGUCCGUUAUCCGGGGCAACAGCAUCCGAGGACGCGGGGUCGGCGGACGAUGUGGAUGCGGAUUCCAUAUCGAAAAAGGCUUACAUCACAGAGAUGCCUUCAUCGUCAGGCCUGCCGUCUCAUGGGAAGAAGAUCGGACACAGAGGAGUGGACGCUUCUGGAGAGACCACGUAUAAGAAGACCACAUCUUCAGCGCUGAAGGGGGCCAUUCAGCUGGGAAUUGGCUACACGGUCGGUAACCUGAGUUCCAAGCCAGAGCGGGACGUCCUGAUGCAGGAUUUCUACGUGGUGGAGAGCAUCUUCUUCCCCAGUGAAGGGAGCAACCUGACGCCAGCACAUCAUUUCCCAGACUUCCGCUUCAAAACCUACGCUCCCGUGGCCUUCCGUUACUUCAGAGAGCUCUUCGGCAUACGGCCCGACGACUAUUUGUAUUCGCUGUGUAACGAGCCGCUGAUUGAACUGUCCAAUCCCGGAGCCAGCGGUUCAGUCUUUUAUCUCACAAAGGAUGAUGAGUUUAUCAUUAAGACAGUCAUGCACAAGGAGGCCGAGUUUUUGCAGAAGCUUCUUCCUGGAUAUUAUAUGAACUUGAAUCAGAAUCCUCGCACCUUAUUACCCAAGUUCUUUGGUCUCUACUGCGUACAAUCGGGUGGCAAGAACAUUCGAAUGGUGGUGAUGAACAACGUUUUGCCCAGGGUGGUGCGCAUGCACCUUAAAUACGACUUAAAGGGGUCCACAUACAAGAGAAGGGCUUCAAAAAAAGAGCGGGAAAAAGCAAAACCAACUUUUAAAGACCUCGACUUCAUGCAGGAAUUACCAGAUGGACUCAUGCUGGACACGGACACAUACAACGCCAUGGUCAAGACCUUACAGAGAGACUGUUUGGUCUUGGAAAGCUUUAAGAUUAUGGAUUACAGUUUGCUGCUUGGCGUUCACAACAUCGAUCAGGCAGCAAAAGAGCAGCAGAUGGAGGGAUCUCAGGGCAACAGUGAUGAAAAGAGGCCGCUGGCACAGAAAGCGCUUUACACCACUGCCAUGGAGUCCAUACAGGGAGCGUCAGCCUGUGGAGAGGGCAUUGACACAGAGGACACGAUGGGUGGCAUUCCUGCAGUCAAUGGAAGAGGAGAGCGUCUGUUACUCUACAUCGGAAUAAUAGACAUCUUGCAGUCAUACAGGUUAAUAAAGAAGCUGGAGCACACAUGGAAAGCUCUGGUCCACGAUGGGGACACGGUGUCUGUUCACAGACCGUCUUUCUACGCCGACCGCUUCCUCAGGUUCAUGAGCUCUACUGUGUUCAGAAAGACUUCCUCAUUAAAAUCGUCUCCGUCAAAGAGGGGUCGUGGGGGUCUGGCGGUGGGCAAAUACUGUGGACCCGGAGCGGCUUGGUCUGCCAGCCAGCUGCCCUUCAUGAGGGACGAAAACAUCUACGACCUCAGAGGAGCCCGCAGCUUCCCCACACUGGAGGAUGAUGGUCGGGCGGAUGUUCUUCCCUGCACUCCUCCUUCAUUCGAGGAGGCCACCACAGCCUCCAUCGCCACCACCCUCUCCUCCACCACCUCUCUGUCCAUCCCUGAACGAUCACCUUCGGACACCUCUGAACACCCGAGAUACAGGUAA